AACCUCAACACAGGCACAGCCACAGCCACAGCCACAUCCUACGAUCACCAUGGCUUCUUCUUCCUCUCCGUCGGCUGCUCGUGCCCUGCUCGUCCUCGCCGCAGCAGCUCUGGUGCUGAGCUAUGUGUCCGCCGCGGCUGGUGCUGGUGACUCGCCGCCGCUUGCCAAGGGCCUGUCGUUCGACUUCUACAGUGCCAAGUGCCCGCAGGCGGAGGCCAUCGUCUUCGCCUUCCUCAAGGACGCCAUCCGCAAGGACGUGGGCCUCGCCGCCGCGCUCCUCCGCAUCCACUUCCACGACUGCUUCGUGCAGGGCUGCGACGGCUCCGUGCUCCUCGACAAGACCAACGGCGUCGACAGCGAGAAGGUGUCUCCCCCCAACGUCACGCUCCGUCCGUCGGCGUUCAAGGCCAUCAACGACAUCCGCGCGCUCCUCCAGAGGGCGUGCGGCGGGCCCGUCGUCUCCUGCGCCGACAUCGCGGCCCUCGCCGCGCGCGACUCCGUCCACCUGGCCGGCGGUCCGCGGUACGCCGUACCGCUCGGCCGCCGCGACGGUCUCGCCCCUGCGUCCCUGGACACCAUCUUGGGCGCGCUCCCGCCGCCGACCUCCAAGGUCCCUGUUCUCCUCAGCUUCCUGGCCAAGAUCGGCCUGGACGCGGACGACCUGGUGGCGCUGUCCGGCGCGCACACGCUGGGGAUCGCGCACUGCGGCUCCUUCGAGGAGCGGCUGUUCCCCAAGGAGGACACUACCAUGAACAAGUGGUUCGCCGGCCACCUCAAGCUCACCUGCCCGCGACUCAAGGUGGACAACUCCACCGCCAACGACAUCCGCACCCCCGACGUGUUCGACAACAAGUACUAUGUGGACCUGCUGAACCGGCAGGGCCUCUUCACCUCCGACCAGGACCUGCACACCGACGCCGGGACCAAGCCCGUGGUCACCAGGUUCGCCGUCGACCAGGCCGCCUUCUUCGACCAGUUCGUCAAGUCCAUGGUGAAGAUGGGGCAGAUCAACGUGCUCACCGGCAACCAGGGCCAGAUCCGCACGGACUGCUCCGUGCCCAACGCCGCCCGCAGCACCGGCGACGAGCUGCCCUGGUCCGUCGUCGAGGCCGCCGAGAGCUUCGUGUUGUAGUUAGUAGGCUUUAGUCGGUCCUUCUCAAGCUGUUUGUUUCCUUCCGCAAUGGUUUGGACUUUGGAUGUCAGAGUGAUCGUGUGUUAAGUUUGUCAAGCAACGAGAAAUAUUACUGUGGCCCUCGUGUAAUCGGAAUCCAGAAAUACAUGGUUGUGCUAACUUGGGAUGAGAA